AUAUCAUUAACGUAUAUUAUUUAAUAUUAUUUUUUAUCCCAUGUAUCAGAAAAUUAAAAAAGCUUGAAACCGUAAAUGUUUAAAUGGCUAGUGUCAUUGUGAUCAAAUAAACAUUUGAUCACAAUGCGUAUAAUGAAUAUACGUCAUUAUAUGGUCAAGUAGACGAAAGUGAUAGCGAUAAGUUGUCAGGGUAACCGAAAAAAAGUAAUAGUGAUAGAUUGUUUUUUUUAAUUACAGAGAUUGGGGACUUGGAUUCAAUCGUAAAGAAGCCUAAAUAAUAGAAGCGAGCGUUCAAUGAAAACAAUAAGCCGAACAGCAUUUAACGUUGAAAGAAUAUCAGGACAGGGCAUAUAAUUACAUAUAUAUAUAAAAGAAAUCUGUUACACUGUCAUGGCAACGGCAGUACCUCCAACAGGAUCUUCUCACCACGCAUUGAUCGCAAACAAUGAAUAUCAAAUUAAAUUGGUCACGCUUCUCAACGAAUGUUGUGACCACUUACGUGAAAUUUUACAUGAUCCUGCCCGUGGCAACAUGCCAAGGGAUAAGAAACAAUUAUAUCUGUCAUUGAAAAAAUAUAAGAAACAUUUAAACCAUCUGAAAAGAGAUCAGCUGGAAAUCGUUUUUCCACAAGAUAAGGAAACAGAUUCGGGAUUGUUUGACAUCACUAUUUUAUGUGACGUUCUAAUUAAUUGUUGUAACGGUAUACAAGCACCAAUCGGUGGGUGGAGGACCAGAAAACCGCAACCGAAUGAUUUCAGUGUCGGUGCGGAGAUCAUUCGAAUCAGAAAUGAGCGGAAUAUUGUUAUGCAUGGAAGAGCAAUGACUUCAGCACAAUAUAAUCGGUUAUGGAACGCCAUAGAAGGUAUAUUAAGAAGACUUGGAUAUGACAUAACGAAAAUUAGAGAUUUGAAGUCUGGUUGUUUAAAAGACUUGGACUUAUUUAAGAUUGAAAUUAUGAAAGCAGUUACUGAAAUUUUAAAGUUCAAUGUUAACAAAAACCAAGACAAUAUAAAACAAAAUCAAGGUGACAUUAAAGCAAAUAAAGACAGUAUUCAGCAAAACGAAGAUGGUAUUACACAAAAUCAAGAUGACAUCAAAGCAAAUAAAGAUAAUAUUCAGCAAAACGAAGAUGGUAUUAAACAAAAUCAAGAUGACAUCAAAGCAAAUAAAGACAAUAUUCAUCAAAACAAAGGUGGUAUUAAACAAAAUCAAGAUGACAUCAAAGCAAAUAAAGACAGUAUUCAGCAAAACGAAGAUGGUAUUAAAGAGAAUAAAGAGAAUUAUAAUCGAUUAGCAGCCGAAGUGGAAAUAGUAAAGCAAACUAUUUCUUCAUCAUCAUGUGAUCAGAAGAGUUCUCAGUUGAAAGAAACUAUAAAAGAACAACCCAGUUAUAUGCUACUAAAAAAUUUUCAUGGAGAUUUUGUAAUAAAAUUUGAUGAUGACUGCUUCAACUGGUCUGCACAAAGUAUACAAACUAUUAUUACUAAAAAUUUUACAAGACAAUCAAAAGAACUUAAUUUCGGCGACGAUUAUUUUGUAGAAGAAAAAGAAGGAAAACUAUUACUGCUUAUUUACAAUCACAAAUCUAUCAAUGCUGAAUCUAUCAAUGGGUUAUCCAUUACGUUAGUUGACAGUGAAAAUAAAACUCAUUUGAUUUCAAUUGAAGAUAUUAAAUUGGUCCAAGCGCAUAUGUGUGAAACCAGCCAUUUUGAUGUAACAACGCACAACAGUAGAAGAAUAUCUGAACAGAUAAAAUGCAUUGUAGGAGCAGAAAGAGAAGAAGCAGAUAUUGAAUUUAUAUGUGGUGGUAGCCUGCAAACAAUGGAACCUAAGGAGUACGAAGCAUUUGAAAGAGAUUACAUCCAGCGUUAUUUCACCGUCAAUGGUAAAUGCAUGGAAGAACCACUCCAAUUUCCACCUCCAAUGCAAAACGUCACACAUUCCUUAUUCGCACAAAAGAUAAAGGAUGUUAUAAUCGAAUUACAACAUUUGUUUACAAUAUUUACGCAUUAUAACACGAAGGAACAUAUUCAAUUUCUAAAACUGGAUAAAGAAUUUUCUUUGAGUUUGGAAAGCACAAUUACUGAUAACAAAAGAAUUCUACUUGUGUUGCCAAAUUAUAUCGUCAACAUUAGAUACACAGAAACAACCGACGCAGUUAGAAUACAAGAUGAAGUCAAAGCGGGCGAAGAAGACUUGAAGGAGCUAUCUAUCAUCACUAAAAAAUAUCUUAAAAAUGGUCACCUGAAAAUGGUUAAUGUUGUAGCUGCACCACAUUUCGAAGAUAUCGAAAAUAUCCACCUUUGUGUAGACUGCAACCUACUCUCCAAGAAAACUUUGGCUGAGGAUAGAAAUAUGAUAAAGUUCUUUUCAAAUAUUUUGCAAAGCUCACAAGCACAAAAUAAUGUUCAGGAUAACAAGGAACGGUAUAUCAACAUAGUCGGUAAAGUCAUGUGUUUUAUGGCUACAAGAAAAGCACUCUAUUCUGUUCCUUCACUCAGUAAAAACGUCCACGAACAAAUAAGCUCGUUAAUACUUUCUCCACAGCAACUCCGUCAUUUAUACAACAACUCUUUAAAAAAAAUUAUAAUCGGUCCUUUAGGCAGUGGUAAGACAGUGCUAGCUUUAGCACAUUUGGAAAUUGCUUACGAGCGCUCUGAGAAUAGAUCGAUCAUAUACUACGUAGUUUGGGACGGCAACACAUUGCUGAAACAGGAUAUUGUCAAUCAUACUAAAAGAUUUAAUUUCAAAGCCGCUGUCGAAGUUGUUGUAAAGGAUAAUGUCGAGUUAGCUCAGGAUAUGAAAAUGAAUGAAGUGCCAACACCAUACCAGUUAAUAGAGUCAUUGGUUAAGAAACAUGUUGACCAAAACCUGCAUCUAAUAAUUGAUGAAUUAAAUGGAGAGUUAUUGAACAAGGAAGAAUCAUCUUUGCUUAAACACUAUCUGGAGACUGAAGACAAAUUAAAUAACUCCUUCAUCAUUUUUUUCCCACAAUCCAUUGAGAAACAUAGAACAUUAAUUUCACACCAAAAAGUCACAAUACAUGACAAGUACAAGUAUGAAGAAACAGGAAUGGAAGUAUUAAAACUUAACAGAGCAAUGAGAACAACCCGGAUAAUCUUUCAGUUUUUAAAGGCUUUCGAAAAUGAAGUAGAACAAGACAAGGUAACAAUGAAGCUUCCCGAUCAGAAAUCAAAAGAUGCAAUAUCCACCAAAACAAAAAUCGAAAAAAAAAAGAAUCUCUAUUCCAAAUUUUGGCAACAACUGAAACAACCACAACAACAACGGCGACAACAACAGCAGCAGCUGCAGCAACCACCACCACCACAACAACAACAAGAACAAGGACAAACUACCAGUAGCAAUGUCACGCCGAUAAUAAAAGGAGAAGAAAAAGUAUUUGAAACACCGGUUGAUAUUGAUGUCGUUGCAGCUUCCAUACAAGAUGGGGAUCUUUCGGGUAAUGUUAGAAUUGACAUUUCAUUAAAAUUUAAUACAGCGUAUUCAAUCGGUCAUAAUAUCGAAGGAACAAAACCGUUAUUGAUACAUCCGGCAAAUACUCCAACAACAGACAAAGAGUUUAUACCAAUGUUAGCGCUUGUUUUACAAGAUGUAUGUUUACAUCAUGCCACUAAACGUUUGUUCAUAUAUAACACAUUCCCUCAAAAGGAUAUUUUUUACAGAUUACUAAAACUGUUAAAAAUUGAUUUUCUUCACUACGACAAGUACACUGAAUGGAAAGUUUUAAAUUGUGAUGAUAUCAUAGUUAAAAAUCCCUUGCAGAGUCAAAAUUAUAACCUGCUCACUACUAUUGAGGGAAGUCGUGGAGUUGAAGCAGCCGAAUGCAUCUGUAUAAUUGAAAGCAAUGAUUGCAAGUUAAAACAUUUGACGUUAGAAGCAAUGUCCAGAGCAACACAAAAUCUGGUCCUUGUUUCAGCGUCCAACGUCUACCAAUCGGAUACAGUAAAAUCAUCAACUGGUCAUAUCAUCAGUAAACUGUUAGCUGAACAUUUGGUUGAAUACAAUGUAGAAGUCUCAAACGAUGAAGAUACGGAAAUACCGUUCACAAAGUCUAUGGAAAGUAACAAUAAAAUAGUUUUUAACAUAAAACCACAAUAUUGGAAAUUCAAAAAAAUGAUAAAAGAUUUGGAACAUGUUGGUUUUCAGGCAACGGAUGAACGCCUAAAUGCGCAUGAGAUCGUUAGGAAAAACCUUUAUCCUCCUGGAAAAGUGAGCAAUAUAAUUUGCUCAUAUUUGUCAAGUACAUCAUGUAUAUUGAGAUGGCAACUGGACGCUGAUAAGUACACCGUUAGUAGACAAGAAAGUAAUAGUUUAACCUGGAAUAACUUAGUAACUGACUUUUCUUGCAAUCAAUACAUCGUUGAUUACAUGGUAAUUGGUGAAUCGUGCAAGUUUUGUGUAAUUGCUAAAAAUCAUCUUGGUGUAUCUGAUGACAGCAUUGUGUCUUAUUGUCACAAACUUCCAAACGUUAGGGGUGUCAGAUUUGAAGAUAUCGUGAAAAUUAUUAGAUCUAACGAUGUCAACAAAUUGAAAAAAUUACUAUCCAUUCAUCCAAACAUCGUUCACAUGAGAGAUGAAGAUGAAUACACACCAUUGAUGUGGACAGUAUGUUACACCAACAAUACAUCAAUGGUGGAAAUACUCAUCUCAUAUGGGAGUGAUGUUUGGGCGGAAGAUAGUGUGAAACGAAACAGUUAUCAUUACGCUGCAUAUUAUGAUCGUCACACAAUAUUAGAUAUGUUAUGUCGACAUGAUGUAACAAACAUCAACCGUGGAAAUGUUUUCAACUUCACACCAUUACAUCUUGCUGCAAUGUAUGGUCACAUCUCAUGUGUUGAUGUUUUGUUGCGUCAUGGAAAUAUUGAUGUGGCGAUCGAAAAUAUAUAUGGAGACACAGCUUAUGAUUGUGUUGGAGGGUGGAAGAAUGUACAAAAGCGGGAAAUAAUAAGACGAAAAAUAAAAGAAUACGAAGACAGGACGAAGUAAAUAUUUCAAAUGAUUUUGUUUUGAAAAACAACAAUCAGUUUGUGAGAUGAGGAACGAGUCCAUUUUUUAGUUUUAUUUUAUAUUGUAAUAAAUUUAUUUGUAGUAAAACGUACUGAAACAUUUUUCUGAUCGAUUUUUAUCAAGCCUUGUUUCGUUUAUAUUUCAUUCAGGAAGCGACACAUGUCAAAGGUCACGUGUUUUUUAAACUGUCUCAAACUUGCCGCAUGGUGCAAUGUAGAGUAAAUCUUAUUACAAACAUCAACUGAUAUACUUUCUCAACCUCGUCCCCAAGUCUUGUUAGGCCUUUUAUAUUUUGAAGGCCUGAACAAGGCCCUGGCCCUGGCUGGUCACGUGACGACAGAAUACCCACGUAUAGUGGGUAUUUUGAAAAUAAUUAUUUGUCUCGCUCUUCCAAAAUAUGCACAAGCAGUCGAGAAAAAAAUAAAAGAACUGACAGAAUUAUUUAGAAUGGUUAAAAUAAUAUUAAUAAGAAAAAAAUAUAUAUAUAUAUUUUAAUAUAAAUAUUUUUAUCUAAAUAUUUUUAUAUAAAUAUUUUUUACAUUGUAAAAAAUAUUUUUAUUUACUUAUAAUAAUAUUAUUUAAUGUAUAAAAAAAACUGUUAAUAAAUAUUGUAUAAUAUAUUAAACAUUCACACUUG